AUAAUUUGAUUUACUAUUUGUCUUAAAAUGAUAACUAAAUGUUGGGUGUUAUUAUUUAUAUUAAUGUUAUAUUCUCUUCCAUUGUUUCCAUAACUCUGCUCAUGUAUGUACAUAUAUAUGUCGUUAACCAAAUAUUGUACACACAGAACAAAAGUAUCUGCGUUUUAAAAUCCCUAACAUUUCCUCUCUCCAUUCAGUGUUUCUUGCUCCGCCUGACAUUUUCAUCGUACUCCACUACACGUUGUACGUGUGUGUCCGCCCAUUGAAGAAACGGGCGUGUUUUUGAGCGAAUCUCUAAACCCCGCCCCUUUAACCAUAUAUGGAGCCGUGGCAGAUCGUUGAUUGACAGCAGCAGCAGCUGCUCAGAGUCUUAGACAUGGCGGCGGAGGCAGAGUAAAGCUGCGGCGGCGGAAGCAGCAGCAGCAGCAGCAGCACUGGCACCACCAGCAGCAGAGGAGGACUUCUUCACGGGAGUUUUUUUUCCCCUCGUUUAGUAGUUGGCGUAAAACCCUCCUGCAGAGGAGGACGGAGAUAAUGUGUCCGGACCGGAGCUCGUUCUGAGCGGACGCCACGGUAACAGUCCGCCCUGACGCCAGAACGAUGGGAAAAAUGUUCCGCUGUUUAGAGCAGAAAACAGCUCCGGGCAACAAACAUGGCUCCGUGUGCCUUUUGGAAAAAUGCUCGGAAAAUUAGCUCUCCUGGCUCCGGCCAAGUUGUGCAAACCGCUUCGAUAAGUUCACUCGGUACUUUGGGUCUUUGAGGGCAUUUUGAAAACGUCCCCUCGGUUCGUUUUGUUGAGGCAGGAGCUACACGGAACUACAUUCAGAGGCAGAGCAAUGGAGCCAAAGCACAAAGAGUUGCUCGACCAGUGCCACCAGAACUUACUGGAGUCCAUCACAGACGCGGACCGGCUCAUAGAGCUGCUGAUCGUCUCAGGGACCUUGAGUCAGCUCGAUAGGUUCGAGCUGGACCAGAACUGUUCUUCCAGCACCGAGAAAGUGGACCACCUCCUGAAGAUGCUGGUCAACAAGGAGAGCGACCAUUUCCUGGACCUGUGUGUGGCCCUGGAGAAGGCUUACCCGGACCUGCACGCUACCCUGUUCGGCCACAACGGCGGUGGCCCCGUGACCCACAACACCGGGUCGACCUACAGCGUUCUGUCCACCAUGCCCUCGGACUCUGAAAGCAGCAGCUCCCUCAGCAGUGUUGGCUCUCCUGUUAACGGUGAAGCAUCCUCUCCACCCCCCGCCAUCAACGACAACCGGUCGUCUGCCGACCACCUGGACACCGUCCUGUUCCAGCUCCGGCAGGUCACCAGAGAGAGGGAUGAGCUUCGCAAGCGUCUGGCGUUGGCAUCACCUGGGACCACCUUCGACGACUGCAGGCCAAAUUCCAAAGCCAGCCACGACUACGAGCGUCUGAAGAGUCAGUGCAUGAGGGCCAUGGCCGAUCUGCAGUCGCUCCAGAACCAGCACACCAAAACACUGAAGAGGUGCGAGGAGGCAGCGAAGGAGGCCGACUUCUACCACAUGUUGCACAGUCGCAUCCUGGGAGAACAGACGCAGCUGAAGGAAGAGCUGGAGACUCUGAGGAGGGACAACUCGCAGCUGGUCCGGGAGCAGAACCACCUGCAGCAGAACUGCGAGGAGCUGCAGCGGCUGCACACUCAGGACCAGAAGGAGUUGGUGGACCUGCGGCAGCAGCAGCAGCAGGUGAUUAGAGAGAGGGGCUCGUCGGAGGUGCUGAACCAGCUCUACGACACGGCCAUGGACAAACUGGAGGGGGUGAAGAAGGACUACGACACCCUGAGCAAGCGCUUCAGCGAGAAGGUGGCCAAUCACAACACGGACCUGAGCCGCCUGGAGCAGGCCGAGGAGGAGAACCGCCGGCUGCAGAAACAAAUGGACGCCCUGCUGAAGCAGCGAGACUCGGCCGUGCUCUACCAGCAGCAGUACUCCACGUCCGUGAGGAGGUUUGAGUCCGUGCAGCAGGAGCUGAACAAGUCUCUGUCCCAGAACAAGGAGCUGCAGCGGGAGAUGGAGCGUCUCCAGGCGGAGGUCACGCGCUACAAGAACCUGCAGCUGAAAUCCACCAAGGACUGCGAGAAGUACAAGGAGGAGCGGGACUCGGUGUUCAACGAGUACCGUCUGAUCAUGAGCGAACGGGACCAGGUGAUCAAAGAGCUGGACAAGCUGCAGACGGAGCUGGAGGCGGCGGAGGCGCGACUGAAGAACAAGUCGUCUGAACGGGUGGUGGCGAGUGAGGAGCUGGAGGCUCUGAGACAGGAGCUGAACUCGUCUCUGGUGGACCGGGACAGGGCCAUCUGUGAGAGGAACGAGCUGCUGGAGAAGUACUGCCACGAGGUGAAGGACAAGGCCGAGGCCCAGAAGGAGCUGAGUCAGGCCUGCAAGGACAUCGAGAUGGUCCGAGAGGAGAGGGACGUGGCCCGGAAAGAGAGGACGGAGGCCAUCAUUCAGCGAGAUCAGCUGCUGCGGGAGUACUACCAAGCCAGACAUAAACAAGACUCGGCCACGUUGGACAUGGAGCGAGCCAACAAGGAGAUCGAGAUGCUGAGGAAACAGUACGAGGCCAUGUCGCAGGAGCUGAAGGAGGCCACGCAGGAGGCGGAGGUCGCCAAGUGUCGAAGGGACUGGGCUUUUCAGGAGAGGGACAAGAUCGUGGCAGAGAGGGAGAGUAUCAGGACUUUGUGUGAUAACCUGCGGCGGGAAAGAGAUCGGGCCGUCAGCGAGCUGGCCGACGCCCUGCGCAAUCUGGACGACAUGAGGAAGCAGAAGAACGACACGCUGAGGGAGCUGAAAGAAUUAAAGGAGAAGAUGGAGAGUCAGCUGGAGAAGGAGGCCCGGUUCUGUCAGCUCAUGGCCCACAGCUCCCACGACUCGGCCAUCGACACUGACUCUCUGGAGUGGGAGACGGAGGUGGUGGAGUUUGAGAAGGACAGGGACGACAUGGAUUUAAAGGCCCUCGGCUUUGACAUCACAGACGGGGUCAACGAUCCGUAUCUUCCCGGGGAUUGUGGGAUAUUUGUUACCAGGGUGGACAAGGGAAGUGUUGCUGACGGGAGGUUGAGAGUGAACGAUUGGUUGUUGAAGAUUAACGACGUGGACCUGACCAAUAAGGACAGGAAGCAGGUGGUGAAGGCCGUCCUGAACGGAGGAGGCUCCAUCAACAUGGUGGUGCGGAGGAGGAAGUCUCUGGGAGGACGGCUGCUGACGCCAGUCCACAUCAGCCUGGUCGGACACAAAGACAGUGGCAUCGGUUUGGAGAACGGCGUGUUUGUCUCUGCCAUCGUUCCUGGAAGUCCAGCAGCCAGAGAAGGUUCUCUCUCAGUUGGUGACAGACUCAUUACUAUCAACGGCCUGGCCCUGGACACCAAGUCAGUGACAGAGUGUGAGUCUCUGUUGAGGAGCUGCAGAGAUUCUCUCAGCCUGUCUCUCAUGAAGUUCUUCCCUCACAGCACAUCAGGACAGAACAUCUUCGAGACUCUGCGCGACUCGUCGGAGAAGUCCAGCGGUCGUUUCCUGUCCGACCUUCAGUCCAGGAACAGCAGGAACCUCAAACACAACAGCUCCACGCAGACGGACAUCUACUGCUCUGAGAUCAGCAGCGUCUCCGGAGAGAGGAGGAGGAUGAGAGGGGAAUCCGACGAGGCGUACCCUCUCCUCGCCGCCGCCGGCCUCCGACCGGCGACCGACCUCGGCUCCGGACGCUACGGUCCCAGUGCUUUCCAGGAGUGCUGUCCUUACACCAAGGCGCCGUCUUCGUUACCGUUUGAACCCGUCUCGCCUUCGGACUGCAUCACGGUGGAGACCACGCUGGAGAAGAAGCACAGUGGAGGCACGUGGCCCAAAAUGAUGGUGGGGUCCAUGUCGGUGGCACCGGAGAGCAUCGGCCCCAUCACGUCAGUAGCCGCCGCCCAGCUGUCCAUCUACAAGUCGCCCAAACAGAGGAAGUCCAUCUUCGAUCCCGACACCUUCAAACGCCCAGAGACGCCCUCCUCCAAGAUGGAGUACAUGGCAGCCAAUCAGAUUGCGGCGGUGGCUGCUGCUGCUGUAAUCUCCCAUUCCCCUCAACCUUCCAAAACCGAGUCUCUGUCCUCCUCCUCCACGCCGACGCCCACCCCCCCGACCCCUCCCACUCGCACAGACUCCUUCAAAUUCAAACACAAACAUCAGAGCAGCUCCGCCUCCGACUGCACCGUCACCUCGGACGGCAAAGGAGAAGUCGGGGGAGAGAGGGGCGAGCGGGAGAGAGACCGCAACGGGAACCACUACUUCACCGAGGCCAAAGUCCUGACCUCCAGGAAGUCAUGUGACGAGGACAUCGGCCGCACCCGAGGGGAGGAGCCUGAGGUGAAGAGACCACGCCCUAAAUCUGCCCCCGCCCUCAGACGCAGGAUGACGCCUCAGACCAUCACGCUGCCCCUGUUGCAGAGUUACUCCAGUGACGACCCCUCCUCAGAGCCCAGGGAGCUGCUGCGCUCCUCACCCAGCCGCUCCCACAGACACAGCCUGGGUUUCGUACCCACAGUCUAUAAUGGAACGCUGCCUCCAAACUCCGCCCACCGCGGACUCUCUCCGUGUCCUGCAGUGACGGCCGUGAUGAGGAAUCCUGUGUACACUGUGCGCAGCCACCGCGUUCACACCAGCAACUGUCCGUCUGUGGCGUCUCAGAUCUGUCACCAGCACCAGCACCAGCACACCAGUCCACAGCACCAGGGUCACCUGAGUCUGGACCUGACUCAGCAGAAACGCAGCAACGACUUCCCAGAAUCCUCGUCGUCUCGCAGCAGCAGAGCGUCACACGGUUCCUCCACCAACGUCCAGUAUCGAACGGAGAGGAUCAAAAUCCCCUCAACUCCUCGAUAUCCUCGCUCCAUGCUGGGCUCAGACAGAGGCUCCCUCUCACACUCGGAGUGCAGCAGUCCCAGCCUCAUCACGCCCCCGCAGUCGCCCCUUAACCUGGAGACAACCUCAUUCGUCAGCAGCCAAUCACAAGGCUCCAUUUCCACUUUACCUCGAAUCUCUGUCAGCCCGGUGACGAUAGGAGAGCGGAGGAAAGACAGACCGUACUUAGAAGAACCUCGUAAUGUGGUCGUACAAAAAGGAGCGGAGCCGCUGGGCAUCUCCAUCGUCGGCGGCGAGAACGGAGGAAUCUUCGUGUCCAAGGUGACGGGAGGAAGCAUCGCUCACCAGGCGGGGCUGGAGUACGGAGACCAGCUGCUGGAGUUCAAUGGCAUCAACCUGAGGAACGCCACGGAGCAGCAGGCUCGGCUGAUCAUUGGCCAACAGUGUGACACCAUCACUAUCAUGGCUCAGUACAACCCACACAUGUACCAGCUGGGAAACCACUCCAGGUCCAGUUCCCGUCUGGAACCAGUCAGCACUCAGUCCACCUCCCAGACGAGCGGCGCCGUGACCUCCGACAACCACGCCAACAUCGACACUCUGAGCGAACAGGACGAAGGUACGCUCACGCCCUCCUCCAAACAGACCACGCCCACCACCAGCCCCAGCAGCUUCAUCAGGAUGUCGUCAGAGAGCAGCAGGAAGGUCGGCGACCCUCGGCUGGUGACGGUGCGGCGGCCUGGGGUGGAGGUGGGAGUCACGCUCUGUGGGGGGAACCUGCGAGGUGUCUACAUCGAGGGUCUGGAUGAGGACAGUCCUGCCAGAGGCCCAGAUGGACUGCUGCCUGGAGACCUGAUCUUAGAGUACAACUGUGUGACUAUGAAGAAUAAAACAGCUGAGGAGGUCUACGUGGAGAUGCUGAAGCCCGUGGAGGUCGUCACGUUGAAGGUGCAGCAUCGACCGGACGACUUCAUCCUCCUCAAGGACGCUCCAGGAGACGGCUUUUAUAUUAGAGCACUUUACGAGCGCGUGGGCGAGGCCGACGGCGACCUGACGUUUAAAAAGGACGACAUCCUGUUCGUGGACGAGUCCUUACCAAACGGCAGCUUCGGCGUCUGGAUGGCCUGGCAGCUGGACGAGAACGCACAGAAGAUCCAGAGGGGGCAGAUCCCCAGCAAGUACAUGAUGGACCAGGAGUUUUACCGCAGACACAGCGUAACAGAGAUGAAGGAAGACUCCAGUAAAACUCUGUCUGCAGCUGCUCGCAGGUCGUUCUUCAGGAGGAAACAGAAACACAAGCGCAGCAGCUCCAAGGACAGUAAAGAGACGCUGGCUCUGGACGCCGUCAGCACCGACUCCAUCCCCUUCUUUGACGACUGUGUCAGCUUGGCCUAUCAGAGGGUCCAGAAGGUGGAGUGCACGUUCCCGCGGCCUGUUCUGGUUCUGGGACCGCUGAGUGAACCCAUCAAGGACAUGCUGAUCAAAGAAUCUCCUGGAAAGUUCUGCAAAAGUUUACUGGAGGUGAUGAAGGCGUCUCAGCAGGCCAUUGAACGUGGCGUUAAAGACUGUCUCUUCAUCGACUACAAACGCAGGAGUGGACACUUUGACGUCACCACCGUCGCCUCCAUAAAGGAAAUCACCGAGAAGGGUUGUCACUGUCUGCUGGACAUCGCUCCACACGCCAUCGAGAGACUCCACAGCGUCCACAUUUACCCCAUCGUCGUCUUCAUCCGCUUCAAAAACGCCAAACAGAUCAAGGAGCAGAAAGAUCCCAUUUACCUUCGGGACAAAGUUUCCCAAAAACAUUCCAAGGAGCAGUUUGAAGGAGCACAGAAGAUGGAGGUGGACUUCAGUAAAUUCUUCACAGGUAUCGUCCAGGGCGGCUCACUCCCGUACAUUUGCACUCAGAUCAUGACCAUAGUCGAUCAGGAACAGAGUAAAGUCCUGUGGACUCCGCUUGGCUGCCCCUAGAGGAGACGGUGUGCCAUGACACUUCACUCCCACGUACAAACACUAAUGGACUGUGUCCCACGGGGACACACAGGUACACUACAGUGGGUUAGCUGUGUAAAUUAUUGACUUUUAUGUUGUAUUAUCUUGUUUUUCUUUUCUUUUUUUUUUUUUUACUCCUUCGUUCUGAUCAGUGCCUCCUUUAUUUCUGACCCGUCAGGUCACUAGGUUAGUUGAACUGGUCACUUCAUUAGGUACACCUCCUCAGUAGCUGUUCAUUGGCCAAUCAGGUAACGGCAGCUCCAUGUCACUAGACACAUCAGUACCAGGAACCAUUUUCCUGAACCUUUGGUUCCUGAAGUUUCCUGUGACCCCUGACCCCUGACCUCUGACCCUAGUGUCUGGUACUGAGCUUCAAAGUUAAACCUUAAUUUUUGUUGACUCCACUUCAACAACAUUCAUAUUUAUUUUAAAUAAAUAAUGGACCCUGACCGUCCGGUCCAGUCCAGUCUGGUCCGGUCCAGUCCAGUCCAGUCUGGUCCGGUCCAGUCCAGUCCAGUCUGGUCCAGUCCA